AUGCCCCAAUUACUUUUACUGUAUUUCAUCCUGCAGGUGCCGCUCAUGGCAAGUGUCGACAUAUGCCAACAUUGCCGUUGUGACCGACAUUCUUAUACUAUCAGCUGUACGGGGUAUAACAUUUUGUUACGGUCAGUGAUUGCACCGCAUUGGGCCAAGACUCUGCAUCAUAUGUUCAUGCGACAUUUGCCUCAUUUUGUUCAUAAUGAAAAUAUUAAAAUUCUCCGGAUCAACUUCUGCGACUUGACACAUAUUCAUCCAUUGUCGCUUACUUCGUUACCAAAUCUGGAAACGUUACAUCUUGCUGAUAAUAUGCUAACAGAUCUACCAUCGGAAUGUUUCUUUGAACUUACCAAAUUGCGGAUUGUAAAUCUGGCACGAAAUCUGUUCCGUGACCUGAAUCUAAUCAGUGAAACGCUUCCAAGAAGUCAUAUUCUGGAACAAUUCAGCAUAGGUGGUAAUCCAGUAGAGAUGAGUUCAGUUGGUAUUCAGCUUCCUUUGGCUCGACAAUUGCACCGAUAUGAACACCAAUAUGGAAACGGUCAACGAUUCUACUAUAACUUUCUUGCCCAGUAUCCGAUGCAGUGCAUCAGAAACGUUCUGUCGUAG